CACCAACCGCAUUUCGAAAUUGGUUUUUCGAUUUUAUUCAAAAAACAUCACUUUUAUACAAUAACAAACGCAAAUAUGUCAUCUGAUGUGAAUAGUUUGACAGAACAGUUGUCAAAGACAACUGUGGAAGAGAAGAAAGAGAUCAGUUUUGCCGGAAAAGGGCUAAAAUUGAACACCGAAAAUGAUGCAAAAGAGAUAGUUAAAACAAUCAAGGAAGCGCCUGUGAUGACAGCCCUACAAAUGGAGGGGAACACAAUGGGCUGUGAAGCUGCGAAAGUCAUUGGAGAGGCAUUGGAAGGUCAUCCAGAAUUCAAAAGAGCUCUAUGGAGUGAUAUGUUCACUGGGAGGCUUAAAUCUGAGAUUCCACAGGCACUCAAAUAUCUAUGUGGUGGCAUUACGAGGUCAGGUGCUGGACUUGUCGAACUCAACCUCAGUGACAACGCAUUUGGUCCAAAUGGUGUAGAAGGUUUUAAAGAUUUUAUCAAAAGUGAAAGCUGCUAUACGUUAAAGGAACUGAAACUUAACAAUAAUGGCUUAGGUGUUACAGGAGGAAAGAUGUUGGCGGAGAGUUUAUUAGAAUGUCACAAGGCCAGUUCUGCAGCUGGUCGUCCUCUGGCACUGAAGGUGUUCAUAUCUGGGAGGAAUCGAUUGGAAAAUCCGGGAGCAACAGCUCUAGCAGAGGCAUUCAAGGCGAUGGGAAGUUUGGAACAUGUGGCCAUGCCCCAGAAUGGUAUCCAACAUGAAGGUAUCGAAGCCCUGGCAGACGCCUUUGCAGAAUGUAAAAACCUCAAAGUGUUAAAUCUUAACGACAAUAUUUUCACAGCUGCUGGUGCAAAUGCGAUUGCCAGAGCCAUUCCUCACCUCCAAGAACUUGAAGUGAUCAACUUUGGUGAUUGUUUAGUGCGGUCCAAAGGUGUUAGAGACAUUGCCAAGGCAAUAAAUGGCACUCAUAAAAAACUUAGGGAAUUGAUUUUAUCUGGUAAUGAGAUAGGGAAGCGAGGUGCCAAGUUUGCUGCGGAAGCUCUGCAAGGAAAGGAAGCAUUUGACAAACUAGAACUAGGAUCAAAUCAAUUGGGCGAAGCUGGUGUUGAAAGGGUUAAGUGUAUAGCUGAAAAGCAUGGUAAAAAAGGAUGUCUGGACUCGCUGAGUGACGAUGAGGGCACAGAUGACGAAGGUGAUGAUGAUGAGCUGACUGAUGAUGAUGAUGAUGAUGAUGGGCAGGAUGAGAGCGCCAAGGAUGACCAAGAGGGAGAUGUGAUGCCUGAUCCUGCUCUACGCGUCGAGGGAAAAGCUAUUGAAUUGAAGCCUGACUUGAAUGUUACGGCGAAAGACUUCCUCUUGCUGCCAACAGAAGAAAGAUUAUUGGGCCUUGGACCUGACAGGGCGCGAAAGCUUACAGAAGAAUUGAAGGACGAUUUAGAAAAUGUGGAAAAGAUGGUACAUACAUUUAUCAGGAUAAGCUCAGUUGUGAAAGUGGAUGGUGAGAAGACAAGAGAGGCAGCUGCCGAAUGUGCAGAUGCUUUAUUACACAAACUGUACGAAGGCAACAAUAAAGACACGACAGCCAUUUUGGCAACCAACGUUAUUUUAGUACGACUUGGACUGCUCAAGGGUGAGGACAAAAUCACAUACAACUACGACCUUACCGGACCAUUGCUCAUAAUGUCACAUGUGGUCAAGCAGUCCUACUUCCCCAAAGUUUCCAGGGAUGUUCUUCAGCUCUUUCUAUCAAAGCCCAACCCCAAACUAGACAAGUGUGCCAAAGCCAGGCAUGCCUUGAUGCAAGUCCUAUAUCAGUUCUGAAGCAAGUCAUCUCCAGCGAGACAUGCCUUGAUGCAAGUCUCGAGUCAGUUCUGAAAGCGAGUUGUAACGAAUAAUAGUGAUUCAAAGCAUGUGUUGGAAUUGAGACCCCUAGCAACAAAGAACUGUGAAAAUGAAUGUUGAACUGCAGCUUUCUCAGCAUUUGGACGACCAACAACUGGAAUUUCAAGUACGAGGUGUCUGCCAUUCAGUCGAAAGGAUAUGUGAAUUAUCUGCUGACGAUUAUGUCUCGCUAAGUGAUUCAGUGAUAUGAUGUGUUACAAUCAAUGACAUUAUGGAUAUUGGUGAUGUAUCCCCUCAGAAUCAAUGGAAAAUCUUAACCAGGACACAUGUACAUGUCUUUGACUGUCUUACAUCCUCCCUGUUUACUGAGGAGACUCUGUUCAGUAGGACUAAUGUGUACCGAUCUAAUCAUGGUCACAAAGUUGUGCUUUUGGUUGUCCAUUCCAAAUCAUGUGGUCCUCAAUCACCUCUGUCAUUGCUCUUUGGAGGAGAGAAAGUGCUAUUGACUCCUCUGGACCAAAUUUUAUUUUUAUCUUUUGCUUCUGUAUAUUCAUACCAUCUCUUGUGUUUGUCUCAAUACAUGUAUAUCAACGUGUAUUCAAUAUCAUGUCAAUAAAUGUAUAAAAAGAUAUCAAA